CAUCUUCUUCCUCCUCUUGAUCAUCUCCUUCCUAUAUAAUUCCUAAACCCAAAAACUUUUUCUGUCAAGAAGAGAGCAGAAAAUUAAACCAAAGCGAUCCCAAUUACCACAUCAAUCCUUAAUCUUCCAUAAGCCCGCCAUGUACGUCCAAACCGAACCCCAUCUUGGCAUUGGCAGUGACGGCGAUGACGUCCACUACGCCGAGCUCGAGAAGCAGAUCAUCAUGCUAAUGGCAGACGAUGGUGAGGACGACGGGGCCGCCAUCGAGACCAAAAUCAAUUCCUCCAGACGAUUAGGCUUUCCGAGCAAUAUAAGAUACGAGGCUGCUUCUAACUUGGGUCAAUGGGAAAAUCAUGAUUCCAGGUCGGUCCCAGGUUGGCUUUUGAAUUUGUGGAGCAGUGGCAACGUUGGUGGGACUGGUGUGUUCAUUCCUCAGUUGGUUCAGAAGAGAAGAAGACACAGCUUCGGAAGCACGAACAACUGCAGGAAAUUAAUGUACAAGCAAGUGGAGCAGAAGAUGCACAAGUGAUAGUUCAGAAACCAUUUUUCAUGACGUCUGAUAUACAAUAUGAAUUUUUUUUUGUAAAUGUUUAUUUCC